UUCUCUUCAACAUGUUCAACCCUGCAGUCAACCAAACAAUCCUCUCUUCCGGUGAACUCGCAAAUGAUGCGAGUUCCUGGCACAUCUUCUUCAUGCCGGAGAUUCAAGGGAUAGAGCUCUUCAUCUCUAUCACCAUUUUCCUAACCAUACACUCUCUUAGGCAAAGAAAACAACAUGGCCUACCCAUUUGGCCGGUCGUCGGUAUGUUGCCUUCAUUACUCUUAGCCCUUCGUGGUGACAUCUACGAAUGGAUCUCCGGCGUACUUUGCCGUACAAACGGUACCUUUAAGUUCAAGGGUCCAUGGUUUACCAACCUACAGGCUACCAUCACUAGUGACCCACGUAAUUUAGAGCACCUUCUCAAGAAUAAAUUCUCCAAUUUCCCUAAAGGCCCUUAUUUCCUAGAGACCAUGAGAGAUUUCCUCGGCGAUGGAAUCUUUAAUGCCGAUAACGAGGAAUGGCGGCGACAACGAAAAACGGCGAGUCUCGAGUUUCAUUCCGCCGAGUUUCGCAAAUUAACGACCGAUUCCUUGUUUGAACUCGUCCAUUCUCGACUCUUGCCUGUUCUUGAGCUUUCUAUCAAACAGUUUGUACCCAUUGACCUUCAAAAUGUUCUCUUAAGGCUUACAUUUGAUAAUGUUUGCAUGAUAGCCUUUGGUGUCGACCCGGGUUGCCUGAGACCCGAUUUACCUGAGAUUCCAUUUGCUCAAGCUUUUGAAGAUGCAACAGAGAUUACAACAUUAAGAUUUGUGACACCCACAAGUAUAUGGAAAGCUAUGAGGUUUCUUAAUUUGGGACCAGAGAAGAAGCUCAAGAAAUCCAUUAAAGAAGUUGAUGAGUUCGCUAACGAGGUGAUUCGUACUAGAAAGAAGGAGCUUUCUUUGUAUUAUAAUGAAGAAAAGAAGCGUAAAUCAGACCUUUUAACUGCUUUCAUGAGGUUAAAAGAUGAUGAAGGGAAGCCAUAUUCCGACAAGUUCUUGAGAGAUAUAUGUGUAAAUUUCAUACUUGCCGGCCGGGAUACUUCUUCUGUUGCAUUAAGUUGGUUUUUCUGGUUACUUGACAAGAAUCCGGCGGUUGAAGAGAAAAUUCUCGGCGAGAUUUGCGGCAUAGUUGAGAAGAGGAGUGAGACUGAUGAUGAUAAGGGUGAUCAAGGGAGGGAUUCUAUUGUGUUUAGGGCAGCGGAAGUGAAGAAGAUGGAGUACUUACAAGCAGCUUUAUCAGAAGCUCUUAGGUUAUACCCUUCUGUGCCGGUGGAUCAAAAAGAGGUUAUCGAAGAUGAGGUGUUCCCCGAUGGAACUGUGCUACCUAAAGGAGAGAAAGUUUUCUAUUCUAUGCAUGCAAUGGGAAGAAUGGAAAGCUUAUGGGGAGAGGAUUGCAAAGAGUUUAAACCAGAAAGAUGGAUGAGAGAUGGGCGAUUUACGAGCGAAUCAGCGUACAAAUUCACGGCCUUCAACGGUGGUCCGAGGCUCUGUUUGGGGAAGGAUUUCGCUUAUUAUCAGAUGAAAUUUGUUGCUGCAUCAAUCAUCUACCGUUACGAGGUUAAGGUGGUGGAGAAUUACCCUGUUGUGCCAAAGUUGGCAUUGACAAUGUACAUGAAAUAUGGGUUGAAGGUCACUCUAAGCAGGCGUGAUUAAUCUAAUUAAUUGUUAAUUAAGCUUUAGACGACGUACUUAAAGAGGCCUAAUAAUCUUAAAUGUGUGAAAAAGAUUAAUAAGUGA